GUAAAAAAGAAGACUGUUUGUUUUGUAUCUUGAUAACAUAACCACAAAAUGCACAAUUGAAUUAAUUAAUAUUUUGAUUCCACAGUAAUCGCAAUGCCGGAGAUUAAAGUUACUCCUCUUGGUGCAGGCCAAGAUGUAGGAAGAAGUUGUUUACUUUUAUCAAUGGGAGGAAAAAAUAUAAUGUUGGAUUGUGGUAUGCAUAUGGGUUAUAACGACGAAAGGAGAUUUCCUGACUUUACUUAUAUUUGUGAUGGUCCUAUAUCAGCUUUUAUAGACUGUGUUAUAAUAUCUCACUUUCAUUUAGACCACUGUGGUGCGUUGCCAUACAUGUCUGAGAUGAUAGGGUACACAGGACCCAUAUACAUGACUCAUCCCACAAAAGCAAUAGCUCCCAUUUUAUUAGAGGAUAUGAGGAAAGUUUCUGUAGAGAAAAAGGGUGACCUCAAUUUUUUCACGUCACAGAUGAUAAAAGACUGUAUGAAAAAAGUAGUAGCUGUUACACUACAUCAGUCUGUUAUGGUAGAUAGUGAAAUAGAAAUUAAGGCCUAUUAUGCAGGACAUGUACUAGGAGCAGCUAUGUUUUGGAUAAGAGUAGGAAAUCAAUCUGUUGUGUAUACAGGAGAUUAUAAUAUGACUCCGGAUAGACAUUUAGGUGCUGCUUGGAUAGAUAAGUGUAGACCAGACUUACUUAUUUCAGAAUCAACUUAUGCUACUACAAUAAGAGAUUCAAAACGCUGUCGUGAAAAAGACUUUCUCAAAAAAGUACAUGAGUGUGUAGAUAGAGGAGGAAAAGUAUUAAUUCCAGUAUUUGCUCUUGGUAGAGCUCAGGAACUUUGUAUACUUUUAGAAACAUAUUGGGAGAGAAUGAAUCUAAAAGCCCCAAUUUACUUUGCAUUGGGAUUAACAGAAAAAGCAAAUAAUUACUAUAAGAUGUUUAUUACAUGGACUAACCAAAAAAUAAGGAAAACAUUUGUGCAAAGAAAUAUGUUUGAUUUUAAACAUAUAAAAGCUUUUGACAGACAAUUCAUAGACAAUCCAGGUCCUAUGGUUGUGUUUGCUACUCCUGGAAUGCUUCACGCUGGGUUAAGUCUGCAUAUCUUCAAAAAGUGGGCUCCAAAUGAAAAUAAUAUGAUAAUAAUGCCAGGAUUUUGUGUCCAAGGAACUGUUGGUCAUAAAAUAUUAAAUGGAGCAAAAAAAGUAGAAGUUGAAAAUAGACAGGUAGUUGAUGUGAAGAUGUCUGUAGAAUACAUGAGUUUCUCAGCACAUGCUGAUGCUAAAGGUAUCAUGCAACUUAUUCAACAUUGUGAACCAAAAAAUGUAAUGCUGGUGCAUGGGGAAGCUGCAAAAAUUGAAUUUCUCAAGGAAAAAAUACAACAAGAGUUCAAUAUUCAAUGUUUCAAUCCCGCAAAUGGGGAGACUUCUGUGAUACAAACUUCAGUCAAAAUUCCGGUGGAUGUUUCUUUGCCUUUACUAAAAGCUGAAGCUAAGAGGUUUAGCAGCAUGGUUCCAGAUCCAAAAAGAAGACGCACACUUCAUGGUGUCCUAGUUAUGAAAGAUAACGGAAUGUGUCUUAUGGAUGUGGACGACGCGUGCAAAGAAGCUGGAAUCAAUAGACACGUUGUAAGAUUUACUUCUACCGUUCAUAUUGCCGAUACAGGUCCGACAUUGGGCACGGCACAUAAAUUAUUGUUAUUUAUUAAAGAUAAAUUGCCUAUUUGCUCAGUUACAUUCUCAGAAGGUGAGAUUUCAGUUGAAUCUGUACUUGUUAAAGUAGAAGGAGAUGACGACGAUGAUCAAAAAAGUGUAUAUGUAUCUUGGACAAAUCAAGACGAAGAAAUCGGAAGCCAGAUAUUGAAUAUUAUUAAUCACAUUAAAAAAUUUUAGAGUAAUCCUGUAAUUAAUUUUUUUGAAUAUAUUUUUUAACGAGAAU